AUGCCUGUACAAGAAGUUAUGAACAACAAUGAUACCCGAUCUAUGGAUUCUGGUGAAGUACAUCAUUGUGGCAUCUGCUGUCACUUCGGAUCAUUUACAAAUCCCGUCAUCAGAUAUAAAAAGGACAAAGUAUACCGCGAAAAAAUCAUUAGAACUGCUUGUUUGUACUUGGCCAUGUUCACUAUGGGGUUUGCCAAAAGCCAAUUAGGACCCUCACUGAUAGACCUCCAGAUAAUCAGCAGAGUGGGUCUAGAGGAGGGUUCCGCAUUCAUAACGGCAGUGUUCACAGGAUACAUGGUUGGAAUCUGUGUCGGAGGGAUCAUUUACUACAAAGCAAGAAGGACUUUUACAGUAAUAGGAGGGAAUGUCUUGCUGACCAUCACAACCUUAGCAAUACCUUGGUGUUCGUUCUAUUGGCUGAUGCUAUUCGUCUUUUCCAUUUUUGGGUUCAGCCUUGGAGUAGCAAACUCGGUUACCGUUGGGGACCUGCAAGGCAUGUGGGGGAAAGAUGGCCGACCUUACAUGCAGGGAAUGAUGCUCAUGUAUGCGGUAGGUUCCGCUGUAGGUCCACUUAUUGCAGCUGGUUUCCUUUCCUAUCCGGUAUCUUCUAAAUUCAUAGGAAACCAAUCAGAUAUGCAUUUGUGUGUCGGUAAAUUGAAUGACACAACUUCAUCGACAUUGGACUGCUUUGACAGUGAACAGUAUAACAUAUCCAAGGAUAUUCCAGAAUCGACUUACUAUCACACACGUGGAAAUACCCAACUUUACCUAUCUUUUAUGUUUAUAACAAUCUUCAGUGUCUUGACCUCUUUAGCUUUUAUGGCCUUCUACAUAAGCUUUGAGAGGAAAAUUCAAAAUGUUUCACAUGGAUUAAGUGUCAUUUCCAAGAAAUACGAAACCAGACAACUUCCGAUAGCAUUGAAGUUUUCAGCAUUAGGAAUGAUGAUUUGCAUUGCAGCAUUGAUUUCCAGUAUCGAGGAAGCGUUCGUAGGAUUUCUGACCACAUUUUGUGUGAUUUAUCUAAAAUGGACGAAAUCCCGAGGGGCUGUAUUGACAUCAGUGUGCGGUUUCUCAGUAGUGUUCGGACGGUUAUUUUCUGUAGUUAUAAUACAGUUUAUCAACCCUAUGACACUCACUGGCGUCCAUGCUUUAAUAACAAUGCUGUCCUUCGUGGGAUUAUACGUAAGCACACUGCAUACAUCAACUGUCGGAAUAUAUAUUUGUGCUAUUGGAUUCGGAUACGGAAGGUCGGCAAUACUGGCGAGUGUGUUGUCCUGGAUUGAUGAAAUUGUUACACCUGUCACUGGGAAAAUUUCUGCGCUCGUUUACUUCGUGAUAACCUCUUUAGUAGCAAUAAAUCCCGUAAUACUAGGCAGUAUGAUGGAAAACUUGAGAGAUAUCUGGUACGUGUUGCUGCUCCUGGGAGAGAGUGUGCUGUUGGUGAUUUUUUACACUGCGGCCGCGUUAAUAUCAAAGUUUAUUGUAGCACGACACGGCUAUACAUACGGUAAAAAAGAUAACUCUGAGGGAAAUGCACAAAUAAACACAACAGAAAUGGUGAAUCAUAAUGUUUAA